AUGUUGGUAUCUCGCUUUGCAGCCCGUGCUUUGGCGCGUCAAACUACGGCCCGAACCAUUCUGGCCACUACCAGUCGACCCACUGUCUAUACCGCCACUGCUAAUUUUCCUAUUCAACAAAAUUUCUUUAGCAGCCAAGCAUCCGAUGACGAUUCCGCCGACGAGGUUCAUCCCGACGAUGCUCCCACUGCCAUUGCCAAGCAACGCCAACGUAUCGUAGUGGCCGUUGGCGGAAAUGCCUUGCAACGACGAGGAGAACGAUUGACCAUUGAAAACAUGCUCAAGGCAGCGGCCGAUAUGGCACCCACCAUUACGCAAUUGGCACGAGAUCACGAACUCGUUUUGACGCAUGGAAAUGGACCACAAGUAGGAGAAUUGGCGUUGGAACGAAGUGCCGCCACGUUGGAUGUUUUGGGCGCCGAAUCCAUGGGUCAGAUUGGAUUUGUUCUGGCACAAGCACUGGCCAGUGCGGGAUGUUGUGCCGUGCCCAUUUUGACACAAGUCGUCGUCGAUGAUUCCUCCUCCAAUGAAGCAUUUUCCAAUCCUACCAAAUUCGUCGGUCCCAUUUACGGUGCCAUGGAAGCACAGGCAUUGGCACAAUCGUUGGGAUGGACCGUCAAACCCGAUGGAGAAUAUUUCCGUCGUGUCGUGCCCUCUCCCGCGCCCCUCGAAAUUUUGCAACUCGAUGCCGUAAAAGCCUUGUUGGAAACCACAGAGCCCAAUGCGCGAAAUCCCGUACUGCCCAUUGCAUGUGGUGGAGGAGGUGUUCCCGUGGCACGAAUUCCGUCCAACCCCAGCACACUGCAAGGUGUCGAAGCCGUCAUUGAUAAGGAUGCCUGUGGUGCCAAACUCAGUACCGAAAUACAAGCCGAUGGAUACAUUAUUCUGACGGAUGGUGGUGGUAUUUGGGAAAACUUUGGAAAGCCCAAUGCACGAGAAAUGUCCAAGGUGACACCGGAAUACUUGCUGGGAACCAAGGCGGGCAAGGCGUUCCCCGGUAGCAUGGGGCCCAAGAUUCAGGCCGCCGUGGACUUUGUCACGGAUCCCAAUGCCAAACCAGGAGCCUGGGCGGCCAUUGGGGAUCUCAAGGAUGCCGCCAGAAUUUUGUCGGGACAAGAAGGAACCCUGGUCACCACGGAAGUGUCCACACCCGGUGGAGUCGUAUGGCGAGAAGGAAAAUCCGGACCGACCAAGAAACCCACCAAGGAAGCACAUCGAUAUGGUUAG